CGUGCCUCUUCCCUCACCCAUACACUACCAUUUCUUCCUUCUAUCUCUAUAUGCCAAAUGUGUGUGUGGUGCAACAAAUAAAAGUUGGAGAGAGAAACCCACCUCAACAAACAAACACUAUUUCUUAUACUCCAUUCAUAGCUCCCUUUUUUUUUUCAUUAUACAAAUUCACAAAUCAUCAUGACACUUAAAAAUGAUUUAUUUAAUUUAAAUCCCACUUUUUCAUCUUAAUUUCCAAACUUUAAUUUACAUUUUUUUUUAAUAUUUAGGAUUUUUUUGAGAUUAUUACACUAUAAAUCUAAUUAAUUACAAAUUUUUGUGCUUAAAUCUUGCACCCAUUAAAAAAAAAGUAUGAGGAUUAGGAAAAGAAAGGUUCCUUUACCUCUUUCACUUCUAUCUCCAAUACCCCUCACAGAUCCUCACCUCUUUAGCCCGUCACCGGUCAUGGUGGUGCAAACUGAAGCUCCAACUGCUUCUUCUAAUACUGUUAAUCAUACUUCUUCUGUUAGUAUUAUCCAUGAUUCUCAGCCGUCUGAUCAUUUGACUAACUCAUGGUCCUCCGAUCUACGCCGUCUGAUCGUUGCCAACACAGGUGCUACUCAUGAUGAUGUUAUGGAAGUUAAAGGAGUACUAACUAACAAUGAUGAUGCCAGCAACGUAAAGUUAACAACAACAAAGACUACUAUUGGUGCAGCUCAUCAUGUAUCUACCUCCAAUUAUGAAGAAGAAGGAAGAUGGUGUGAAGGUGAUAAAGCGAUUCCUUUAAAGAAACGAAGAGGAAUGAGCUUCAAUAUUAAUAACAUUGUCGAAACCUCGACUGAAGAAGAAAAAGAAAUAAAACCGAGCAAGAACAACAAUAAUAAUAAUGUAAGUGUAAAGAAGGGAAACAGCAAAAGAGGAAACACAAUAAUGGAAGGUUCUAGAUGUAGUCGUGUUAAUGGAAGAGGAUGGAGAUGUUGUCAACCAACACUUGUUGGUUAUUCUCUUUGCGAGCAUCACUUAGGAAAAGGAAGACUUCGAAGCAUGACAACUAAUGCAGGUGUAAAGGCAAAAUCUUCAACCACUAAGAAGAGGAGCAGAAAUAUCAACAAUGAAGAUCAAAAAGUGGAGCAUGAGAAUGAUCAUAAUAAGAAGAAUGAAAGAACAACGAUGAAGCUUGGAAUAGUUAAAGCUAGAUCAUUAAGCAGUUUAUUGAGUCAGACAAACACCAUUAAUAUUGCAGGAGAUAAUGAUCAUGCAAGUCCACAUCAGCAUCAGCAGACUGUCAGUAAUUUAGAUUAUUACUGAUAUGAAGUACUAAAAUACUUGUAACUGAUCGUGAUAUCAAUUUCAAAUAUAAUGAAAUGACAAAAAUAUAUACUAGCAACUAAUUGUGAAAUACUGCAAAUGAAGUAUAUAUUAGUCGUCCGUACUACUCAUUUUUUAUUAUUUUAAAAUAUGAAAGUGAAAGAUGUAAAAUGAGUGUGACGGAACUGAAUUUGAUCAUGAGGUUAGAAUUACUAUCUACUUGUAUUUGAAUAAUAUAAUGAGUUUUUGACAUAAACAUGGAAUACUACUUAUUUAGUAUAUACUAAAAUACUAUUUGUAGUUGCUUAUC